AUGGGCAGCGUCGGAACCAUACCCACCGUCGAUAUUAGUGCUUGGAUUGACCCCUGUGGCACGGAAAGAGACCGCCAGAAUGUAGUCGAGGAGAUGCGCAACGCCUGCACGACCUAUGGUUUCUUUAAUCUUGUUGGACAUGGUGUUUCACCUGAAGCCCAGAAGCAGGCACUCGAUUGUGCCAGGUUGUUUUUCACACUUUCAGAGGAACAAAAGAUGGAUGUCUGCAUCUCAAAGUCGAAGGGAAGAUCUUUCAGAGGGUAUGAACCACCAGGUAUCCAGGUCCACCAGGAAGGCCUGCUACCCGAUACCAAGGAGUGUUUCAUCAUCGGCCAUGAGGUUCCUGAAGAUGACCCGGACUGCGGUACAUUUUCUACUGGACCUAAUCUCUGGCCGAAGUCUCUGCCCGAGGGAAAGUUUCGCAUUCCAAUCAUGGAAUACCAAGCUCGCAUGGUUGAGCUUGUCAAAGUCUUGCUGAAAAUCAUCGCCCGCGGUCUACCACAAGAAUGGAAUUGUCCACCCGAUGUCUUGGACCCGUUGGCGCAAAACAACCCAUCUAUCCCGAUGAGACUGUUACAUUAUGGCCCCCAGCCGAUCAAAGAUGAGAGACAGUUUGGAGUCGGUGAUCACACUGACUUCGGUUGUGUCACUAUACUGCUACAGGAGAUGGGAACAAAAGGCCUCGAGGUCUGGUACCCACCAACGGAGACUUGGAUUCCUGUACCUCCUCAAGAGCAUGCAUAUGUGAUCAAUAUCGGUGAUAUGGUGCAGAAGUAUACGGGUGGAUACUAUCGCAGUGCUCGACACAGGGUUAUCACAUUUACAGAAAAUCACCGAUACAGUGUUCCAUUUUUCUUGAACGGUCAGCUGAAGCUCAACUGUAUCACACUUGACGGAUCUGGUUCUGAGACUGUCGUUGGAGACCAUAUUCGAGGGAGGUUGCUCGAGACCAUGGGAAAGGCUGGGGAGAAGUUGAAGUGA